AUGAUCCACCAUUCACCAGGAGCACCAGCAGGCAAUGGAGAAUCUUCGUGCGGAAAUUAUGGCGGAAAUCAAGCAGUUGAAAGCCAAGCAGCGGGGCGGAAGACUGGACAAGUGAUGAAGGAAGCCAACACUAACCCGCUAACCCAGCGUUUAACCAAAUCUCUCAUCUCCCAGAAAUGCUCUUUCCCAUCCUUCGAGUGUUACGACGGAUCCUGUGAUCCCGCUGCCCAUCUUCGUUAUUACAAUCAAAUCCUGUCCCUGUGGGAUUAUGACGAUGCAAUACUUUGCAUAUAUUUUCCUUCAAGUCUUAAAGGAUCCGCGCUGUCUUGGUUCGAUAACCUGCCACCGGACUCCAUUGAUUCCUAUGACCAAAUCAAUGAGAAGUUCUUGGCAACCUACAUGUACAACAAGAUCGUCAACACCGGAAUGAACAAGCUCUUACCGCUGGCAAUCCGAUAUAAGGAGACGAUCAAGGAAUAUACUGACAGAUGGUACAAGAUCUGUCAGGCCAUAGGGAACGUCGAUCCAGUGGUCAGUAUCAAUUGCUACAAAUGGGGGCUAAACAAGAUGAGCCCGCUAUUCGUCGAGAUUCAUGGUACCAUCCCCACUAUCGAAGGAUAUCUUCGAGUCAUCAUAGAAAAACAUGCCAGUCUGGAGGAGAUUCAGCGUAAAAAACCCAGAGCCCAGACUCAAAAACCUCAUCAAACCAACUCGGUGGAGCAAGUCAGCGGAUCCAAAAGGGGUGGUUCUGGCGAACGACCUAGCAAGGAUAGGAAAGAACGAAGAGAUGAUCGUCGACGUGAGGAUUGA